CAAUUUUAACGCCUUUACUGUAUUUUCUAACUUCUUAGGUGACAGAAACAUGGCUUGCUUAUGCACCUGUAAAGAACAACGCCGAGGAUGCUGCAAAGGUACCUAAGGGAAAUCCAUAUCACAGCGCUACUUCUGGAGAAAUGGCAAUUUAAUCGAGCAAACAGCAUGAUUCUAAGAAAGGUAGGUGUGAAGGUAGAUGACCCAAUUACGCAAGUCUUUAAUGGUCAAGAGGUGGAAGUGUGGUCACGUAUCGUGUGGAAACCAAAAUGGGCAGUCACGUUUGCUGAUGUUAAAAGCAAAGUGAGAGGAAACAAUUCAGUUUCUCAAAAAUCUACAUUGGUCAUCAAGGGUGGCAACAUUCUUAUCGAAGACCUCUCAUUAGAUGGAGCUCUUAUUGUUGAUUGUGUUGAUGAUGCAGAGGUGAAAGUGGAAGGUUGUGUUGUAAACAAUGGGUGGAGGAUUGAAGGCAUUGACAAAGAUGAUUCAACUACUGCUGCAUUGCCUGAAGAAGUGAGGAUAAGAGGCUUCAAAAUAAACAAGAUGGAUCAGUUGCAGCAAUUUUACAGUGAACCUGGAAAAUUCUGCUUGAAGCCAUAAGGAUGUCUUGUAUUGAUGUAGAAUUCUCAUAGAAUAA